AUGUCUCUCGAAGAUAUUCUUUCACCCAACCUUAACCGGUAUUCUCCGCAGUCCAGCAGUCGCUAUCUCUCCACUCGGCUCGUUACCCAUAAUGGCACCACUAUUGCCGUGGCUCUGGGCAAGGCCGGAGACGGCUCAUUAUUCUUUGCGUACUCUAUCUUGAAUGCUGAAGAGGAAGACCAGGCGAAAAAAGAAAGCGAAGCGAAACCGUCAGCAGCUGGGGAAGCCGAUAAGCUUGACUCACAAUGUUGGUUCGACAAUGCCAAGAUACUACAGUUUUCAUCCGAGGUCAGAGUCAUUGGCGAAGAAUCGGUACCAGUUUAUCAAAUCCCGGCUGAAAAGCAAAAGCUCAACGAAUGGCUCUCGUCUUCGCUUUGCCUGAUGGAUCCAGAAGUCGUCGAUUUUCAGGUGCUCUCUGAUGGCCGAUAUGUAUAUCUCUUUCGUCAAGGUGCCGUUGUAGCCAAAGAGUCACCAAAUCAGUAUAUGAGAGGAGGUGAGACUGGCAAGCCUCCAGUUGAUGGCAACCUGCUCUGCGACCGUUUUGUGCUUGUUGGGUCGACUCUCAAUCGGCCUUUGGAGGCCAGAUACCAGCGCAGCUUCCAGAAGCAAAUACCACUCAAUGACAAAGAUACGCUCGGUGCACGAGAUAUCAACUACUUUUUCUAUGAGCCGACACACUCGUUGCGGUUCGUCCAAGAUCUCACGAACGGUCGAUUUGCUGUGCUCAGAGCGCCUACGGUCAUCAACGGCGUUACCAGAUGGAUCAUCUUUUCCUACUCUCGCAAGUCAGGCCAAAUCGAAUGUGUCACCACCGACACUGCAUUGAACGGCCUCUUUGAUCUACACGGACACGUGUACUACACUUGUAAGUCAGAGAACCAUACAAAGGUGUUUGAAAACGGCCCAGGCUCCUGCACAGCUUCCAGAAGCGACAAUGGCCGAACGUGUAAUGAGGCGAGGGUGCCGAUUCUUCCAAAUACACCAGCAUCAAAGCGCGCCAUUCGACUUAACGGGGAGCUGCAACUUGAUCUAAAAGAGGACAUUGAUCUAUCUACCAUGGCCGAGGGUUUUACUCUUGAAGGCUGGAUCAAUGCACAUUCUCCAAAGGAAGACGCGAAUGGUUCGACUAUGUGCUUGUUCUCUCAGGGCCGUGAUGGUAGCCCCUCGGUCUUGCUUGACGAUAAGUUACGGCUUGUCAUUCGCGUGUCGGGGACCGACCAAUCUAUUCUUACUUCUGACACGAGUCUCAAGGCUGAUACGUGGACUCAUAUUGCCACUACUUACAGCGUCGCAACACAGACCUAUAGUCUCGUUAUCAACGGAGUGCUUGCUGGCUCUGUGUCUUCUCCAGUCAAGCCUGGUAAUUUUUCAGGUCUCGGAUACCAACCCAAGGUGACUGGAAGUGGUUUUGUUGGAAUUAUGGACGAAGUGCGCUUAUGGAGUUAUCCAUUUCAUCCAGCUAGCAUUGAAUGUAAGAUGUCCAAGCGAGCCACAGGUCUGGAGUCUGGCUUAAUGGCGUGCUGGCACUUCGAUGAAGAGUCUGGAACGGCUGCCUUUGACGCAACCUUUAACAGCCGAGAGUUAACCAUUGAUGGCGUUAAUGGAGCCUCGAUACCGAUGGACGUCUGGUCUCAGGCUGUUGCACCAAUGGUGGCGAGUUACGGUCUCGCACGACGAAUUCUUAGGCUACCGCCGUCAGUAAAUAUCAAUGGCGGUAUCAGUGCGACCAUUUACAACGAACAAGUCAUGGUUUCAAAAAGUGAUGCAGAUAAGGAAAAGGCCAAAGAACCCUCUGAGAAGCCAAAGUCCCAAGGGUAUAUGAGACGUGGUACACGGGUUCUUCUAUGCUUUGUUACAGGCACUGGAGACUCGCCUGGGCGUCUUGCCGUGCUCGACUUUGGCUUGCUGUCGGACGGAACUCUCCCCGACACUCCAGCAUCUAUUCCACUGCCAUCACUGACACUCCCCAGCAAGGCCGGGACCGCGGAGUCUCGUGUGCAUACCUCACUUCUCUACAUUGGCAGCCAAGGCGUAGAAAUGUUUGGCGGUAUCCUCCCCUCUGACGCUGCAGAGUGCGGGAGUGAAGCCCCGUUUGCCUUCGAGUCAGCCAUGGGCACCGUGAAAAUCUACUUCAGGGCUCAAGGGCGCUCAAAAAACAAGCUGUCGGCUCUAGACUAUUGCAUCUCGCGCAGCGUCACCGCGGCCGUCGUUCCGCCCUCCAUGCUCGGUGGGCACGAAGGCAUGUUCGCCACUUGUAAGUUUCGGCAAGCCAAGAGCAUUGUAUUCGAGACAAACUUGUGUCCAUGGGCCCCGCCGGAUGUGGCCAUUCAGCUCACUCUGACCGCGAAUCUGGGUGACGACAAGAAGAUAGUAGAGACAUGGAAUGGUGUCCCAGCGCAAUUGGACAAGUUAUAUGCCCUCCUAAAUGGUGCGAAUGGAGCAAAGCCUUCGGACACUAUUGGCCAUAUGGCUGAGCUGAAGGAGCUUACACCAAACAAUUACCGGAACUUGAAAGCACCGCCAACCGAGCUCAUUCUUCAGAAUAAUCUCACUCGCCCUGUCACGGCAGGAUCUUACAUUUCUAUUGGCAUGCGCUACUACAUGGUUUUGCAAACCGCGACUGAAGGCAAGAGUGUUGCAAUAUCACUCCAACGCGAUAAAAGACCACAAAGAUCUCCUGUCAAAGGCAUGGAAGUCUUGCUCCAGGACUAUGACCACGAUGGGCUGGUAACAUCCGAAGGCAAGCCUCCCGGCGACUUUACAAAGGGUUCCAGUCUUAUUGCUAUGUUUUGGGAUCGGUCUUCCACCAUCGACGAUUUGUCCAAGACAGCCAUGACCACGAAAGUCCAAGUACCUGCGACAAGCUUCAUUAACUGCAAAGGUCAGAGUCCUGCCUUUAGCUCUCUUUUCAACUCGACUUGUCUUGUUCUUGAUGGUGACACAAUUUACUCAUCGCUCGAGGACGGUGUGACUACUGCUCCUUGCGCAGGUAUUUGCUUCGAAAGCUGGAUCAAAGUGGAACGUGCUUCGGGAAACACAAUUGCCGUUGCAUACACAGCAGAGCAUGCUCCCCGUGCCGAAGGAUUACGCAAAGAACAGCAGUCUGUCGUGCUCAGUGUCUCAAAGUUCUCAGGUGGAAAUGUUUAUGACCUCGUAGGGAGCGUCAAUGGCCUAGGUUUCUUUGUCAACGAGCAGUCGGCGUUGAAAGUUGGUAAUUGGGCACAUGUUGCCUGCUCGGCCAGGAACACCUUUGCUCUAAAUUCUUCGGGUAAAGGUUACAUCGACUUGGGCACUUCGGCCGAAUGGAAUCUGUCAGAUUUCUCGCUUGUCUUUACUCUCCAACUGAACAAGGACAGCUCCGGCGAGCAGACUGUGCUUGUCAAAUCUGAGAGCGCUGGUGCCUCCACACCCAUACACAUCAAGAUCAACUCCAGCCGUCAGCUCCAGCUUUCGUACUGGGCUGCCAAUGAGAACGGGGAACAUCCAGAGGAGCGCAGAUUCUACUCACCAGCGGAUAAGCCCUUCAUUCCUGGUGAGCCAUACAAGGUUUUCAUCUCUCGCAAGCUCGAACAUAUAACCAGAGACAAUACUGCUCCCAGAUUGUACCAGCUGGUCAACAUGCUUGCGUGGCGGUCAGACGGAAGUUUGCACAUAGAUAUGAAGCCUGAUAGUGUCGAUACUAUCAAGGAAGCUGAAUCAAAGCGUACUGUCAAUCAGAUUAUGACAUCAGGAGCCCAGCAGACCCACGGCCCUGCGCAGGGCAACGAAGCGCCCCUCUGCCUUGGAGGUGCGUCAUGGAGCCAGGGAAACAGGUUGCAAGGCAUCAUUGGAUCUAUUUUGUUGUACUCGUCGGCAAUUCUGGCACCCCAAUCGCCCAUGGCGCUGCUAGAGGCGUCUGGAAACACCAAAGAUGUCAUCGGCUCGUGGUCGGGCCGUGAUGCCAGCGGCUACAGUCUUUUAAACGACCUGGGACGGAACCAUGGCAAGUUCAAAGGCGAGGGACUUGGUUGGGUUAUCAGCCCUUACAAGCCGGACCUCCAGCUCUCGGUCUUUGUCAAUGGGGUUCGUGUCAAAUACCAGCAACCGAGUGACAGCCACAGGGCUUUAUUAGCUCAAGCAACCCCUGUUGGCCCGCACCAACUCACUUUGGGGAACGCCUUAGCAGCUGGCGGUAAUGACGAUACUCGCUUCUUGUGUCUCGCUGAUAACUUCACUGGGGAGUUUGAUGAAUUGCGUAUCUGGAAUGUGCCACGGACGAGGGAGAAUAUCUGCGAUUCAAUGCAUACUCGCUUGACAGACGUUUCCAGUGACGUUGCUGCCUAUUUACCAUUCGACGAGACAGCCAAUCUAGCAACAGAUACCGCAGGCCAAGGGCAGAAUUCCAUUCUUUUGGAUACUUCGGUCAACUGCUACAAUCUAACACCGCUUCUCGGGGGAGGGGUACGCAAGAAAGCUUCCGAGGCCCCUGUGGGCCUUGACUCCCCUUGUGUCUACCAAUCUUUAGGCGCUAUCUCAGACAAGCUCAGAGGAGUCACGAUAUCCGCAUGUCCCUCUGUGGCCGAGUAUGGUGACCUGCAAAUUGAGUCUAGUGGCUCUAUGGGGGGCAGCUACAAGCGUGUCUAUUCAUUCAUCGAAUCCAAUGGUAAAUGGUGUCUGGUGACGGGCUUCCGCAUUGGUUCACUCCAGACUGAGUGGGUUGGUAAUGUUCAGACUGAUCCAACGCUUAUUGGAUUCAUAGAAGGCGCGCCGCCAGUUCCUAUUGAGAAUUUCAUCGACCAAGGCACGCGCCCACAUUCAGCGAUUAGCUGGAACUACAACAAGCGCUGUAUAUACACAUAUAGUUCGAGAUUCGAGCAAAUCAAAAAUACUGACCUAUCGCUUGCCAGGGGCCUUGGGGCCAAAUGGCAGGUCAGUUCUGGGAUUGGCGUCGAAACAGAGACAAGUGCUGGUCAGAUCAAAGCAUCCCAGAAGAUUGCACUCGAUGUGUCUUCUGGUCUAGUCAACAAUGAAGUUCGCACAUCGACAACAAAUAUGAACGUUGAGAUGGAGGAGUACGAUGCUCUUAACAUGGGUCUCGCCCUCGUCGAGAGUGAAACUGCUGACUUGUUUGCUCUCCGACUCAAAAUGCCUGGCCCUGUUGCGCCCCUCAUUGCGUACCAGUUGCACCCCAACCCCGACAUCCCCAGAGACCGGAACACCGUUUCUUUCAAGAUAAACAGUGCGUACACCAAACAGGGCUGUCUAGAUGGCCGCCGUGGCUUGACCAACGAUCCAGACUACCCUGUCAUGUCUUCGCCGAUCAAAGAUGCUUCGUAUUUCAAGCCUGCUGAAGCAUAUGCCCUUCGUGAACAAAUCCGACGAGCCGAGGAACAGCUAGAGGCCGAAUACGAGCGCCACUCUCUAUCCCUACCCUCAAAGGACAUGAAACUACCUCAGAGAACACAUAGAAAUAUCUGCAACACAUAUGUCUGGACGGCAGAAAGUGGAAAAUACAAGGAAACGAAGUCUACACUUGAUAUGGUUCAGUCCGAGGGUGCCAUCAAUUCAAACACUAGAAUAUCUGCCGGCUACUCGCUCGACAUGGAGCUCGCGUUUGGAAACGGGCUUGUCACUCUCGACGUUGAUGCCAUGUAUAGCGCCCACUUCAACUUCAACAUGACCAAGGAGAAGACUACGGACGAGGGCUUCGAGUUAGAGGCCCAGUUUCCUCCACAUGUAGAUAUAAGACACAAGGAUCCAGAUACGGGCGCGUAUGUUAAGAGACCUGGCGCUGUCGACGCCUAUAGAUGGAUGAGCUUCUGGUUGGAGCCUAGUGUGGAGGCGACUGACACAUUCUUCCAGAAGGUCAUUGAUCCAGUGUGGCUGGAAGACCCGCUCGACAAUGACGCUAAGACGCUGCGGAUGCUCCGUGAGAAAAUUAAUAAGGAGGAGGGCAAUGCUAGAACCAAGGCCUGGCGAGUCUUGCAUCGCUGUACCUAUGUCAGCCGUGUCCCCGAAAAGGUCGAGCAACGCCCUGCCAGAUUCGCAGAUACCGAGGAUGAGAAGAAAACAACUCCGGUGGCUGACAUUGCGGCGAAUUGGCUGCUGAUCCAAAAGCUAGAGCCUUUUGAGCGUAGUGCUCAGUCCAAAGAACAUCUGCGUAAUAUUCUGAAACCUCACGCCCUGAAGCUUUUUCCUUGUUUAAUUCCCCAGACUAGUUUCUAUCACUCUGUGUCGGACCUGAUAGCUGAUUACAUUGGGUUGGCUUAG